UCGACGCGCUCGGCGCUCGCAGCGUGCGGAAGUGCGGCCCUACGCCUGGCUGCUGUGGCCGGUGCUGGGGCGGGUCGGCGGCUGCAGGCAGUGGAAGCUGGAGGUUGCUUCUAUAACUGGAUCACGUGUUUACUAUAUAAAGCACAAUGUCUCGAUCCCGGCAGCCUCCGCUUGUGACAGGCAUCUCUCCAAAUGAAGGAAUACCUUGGACCAAGGUCACAAUUAGAGGGGAGAACCUGGGUACUGGUCCCACUGACCUUAUAGGCCUGACAAUUUGUGGACAUAAUUGCCUCCUCACGGCAGAAUGGAUGUCUGCGAGUAAAAUUGUGUGUCGAGUGGGGCAAGCCAAAAAUGACAAAGGUGACAUUAUUGUCACAACCAAGUCAGGGGGCAAAGGAACCUCAACAGUGUCUUUUAAGCUACUCAAACCUGAAAAAAUAGGCAUUUUAGAUCAGUCUGCAGUGUGGGUGGAUGAAAUGAAUUAUUAUGAUAUGCGGACUGACAAGAAUAAAGGGAUUCCUCCCUUGUCUCUCCGUCCUGCAAAUCCGCUUGGCAUUGAAAUUGAAAAAAGUAAACUUCCUCAGAAGGACUUAGAAGCGUUGUUCCAUGGCAUGAGUGCUGAUUUUACAAGUGAGAAUUUUUCAGCUGCCUGGUAUCUCAUAGAGAAUCACUCCACCACCAGUUUUGAGCAGCUCAAGAUGGCAGUCACCAACCUCAAAAGGCAGGCCAACAAGAAGAGUGAGGGGAGUCUGGCCUAUGUGAAGGGUGGCCUCAGUACCUUCUUUGAAGCUCAAGAUGCUCUCUCAGCUAUUCAUCAAAAACUAGAAGCAGAUGGUACAGAAAAAGUAGAAGGGUCCAUGACACAGAAAUUGGAGAAUGUCCUCAACAGAGCAAGUAAUACCGCUGACACAUUAUUUCAAGAAGUGUUAGGUCGAAAAGACAAGGCAGAUUCCACCAGGAAUGCACUCAACGUGCUUCAGAGAUUUAAAUUUCUCUUCAACCUUCCUCUCAAUAUUAAACGGAAUAUUCAAAAGGGGGAUUAUGAUGUGGUUAUUAAUGAUUAUGAAAAAGCCAAGUCGCUCUUUGGGAAAACAGAGGUGCAAGUUUUCAAGAAAUAUUAUGCUGAAGUAGAAGCAGGAAUUGAAGAUCUAAGAGAAUUACUUCUAAAGAAAUUGCUGGAGACCCCAUCAACCUUACAUGACCAAAAGCGUUACAUAAGGUAUCUCUCUGACCUCCAUGCGUCUGGUGAUCCUGCUUGGCAGUGUAUCGGAGCUCAGCACAAAUGGACCCUCAAACUCAUGCAAGACUGCAAAGAGGGCCACAUGAAGAGCCUAAAAGGUAAUCCAGGCCCACAUAGCCCUAUGCUGGACCUGGAGAACGAUGUGCGCCCCUCAGUGUUGGGCCAUCUCAGCCAGACAGCAUCACUGAAGAGGGGUAGCAGCUUUCAGUCUGGUCGUGAUGACACAUGGCGGUACAAAACUCCUCACAGAGUGGCAUUUGUUGAAAAAUUAACCAAGCUUGUGUUAAGUCAGUUGCCUAACUUCUGGAAACUCUGGAUUUCAUAUGUUAAUGGAAGUCUUUUCAGUGAGACUGCUGAGAAGUCAGGCCAGAUCGAAAGAGCAAAGAAUGUAAGGCAGAGACAAAGUGAUUUCAAGAAAAUGAUUCAGGAAGUAAUGCAAUCCCUGGUGAAGCUGAUCCGGGGAGCCCUGCUCCCACUCAGCCUCAGAGAGGGCGAUGGAAGGCAAUAUGGAGGUUGGGAGGUGCAGGCAGAACUCUCAGGGCAGUGGCUCGCACAUGUCAUCCAGACCAUAAGGAUGACUUAUGAAUCAUUGACUGCCCUGGAAAUUCCCAAUGACAUGUUACAGAUUAUCCAGGACCUAAUUUUGGACCUCCGUAUACGUUGUAUAAUGGUGACACUGCAACAUACUGCAGAAGAAAUAAAAAGAUUAGCUGAAAAAGAAGAUUGGAUUGUUGAUAAUGAAGGACUGACUUCCCUACCAUGUCAGUUUGAACAGAGCAUCGUGCACUCCCUACAGUCAUUGAAGGGUGUUGUCGAUUGCAAGCCUGGAGAAGCCAGCGUCUUUCAACAGCCUAAAACUCAAGAGGAAGUUUGCCAACUAAGCAUCAGUAUCAUGCAGGUUUUUAUAUACUGUUUGGAACAACUGAGCACCAAACCUGAUGCAGACAUAGAUACUACUCAUCUUUCUGUUGAUGUUUCUUCUCCUGAUUUGUUUGGAAGCAUCCAUGAAGACUUCAGUUUGACUUCAGAGCAGCGGCUUUUGAUAGUCCUGAGUAAUUGCUGCUAUUUAGAACGCCACACCUUCCUAAACAUUGCAGAGCAUUUUGAAAAGCACAACUUCCAGGGAAUAGAAAAGAUAACACAGGUUAGCAUGGCAUCACUGAAAGAACUAGACCAACGACUCUUUGAAAGUUACAUUGAACUAAAAGCAGACCCUAUUGUUGGCUCCUUGGAACCUGGGAUAUAUGCAGGCUAUUUUGAUUGGAAAGACUGCCUGCCUCCAGCAGGUGUCAGAAACUAUUUAAAAGAAGCAUUGGUGAAUAUAAUUGCUGUGCAUGCAGAGGUGUUCACUGUUUCCAAAGAGCUGGUGCCACGGGUCCUGGCCAGGGUGGUAGAAGCAGUUUCUGAAGAGCUGAGCCGGCUGAUGCAAUGUGUCUCAUCCUUCAGCAGAAAUGGAGCACUGCAGGCAAGACUUGAAAUCUGUGCUCUGAGAGACACCGUAGCCAUUUACCUGACCCCGGAAAGCAGGUCUAGUUUUAAACAAGCCCUGGAAGCCCUGCCUCAGCUUGCGAGUGGUGCGGACAAAAAGUUACUAGAAGAGCUACUCAACAAGUUCAAGAGCAGUAUGCACCUGCAGCUCACCUGUUUCCAAGCUCCAUCUCCAACCAUGAUGAAAACUUAGCCGCCUGUGGAGGAAGAGCAUCCAGAGAUAGCAGGUGUGAGAUGGCCCUCUUCCUAUGCCAGAGGUCUAUCCCAUGUCCAAGCACUGUAUUCAACUUCUGUCUUUUCCCCAGCAUGGCGGCACAAAAAGAUGUUGGUGGGUGAUUAAUGUCAGCCUAUUUAAACAACCCUAUUUUAAAUGUACACGUAAACAACUCUUGUUGUUAUUAGCUUUGGUCCUGAAAGGCUACCUUGCAUACGCUUCAAAAAUGUUUUUUCUUCACUAAAUGUUGCAUGGUGUGACCUUCAGGGGGCUUCUCCUGAGUGUUCUGGAGUGGCCCACGGUGUGUGUGAAUGUGCUUCUCAGCACUCCUGACUGCCUCAGUGGGGCAAUCUCCAUCCAACCCAAUGAGGCAUUUGAGGACAGAUGUAAAGUCACGGCUUUGGAGCUGUGUCCUAACCCUAAAAAUCAUCACUUAUACAAAUGGUUCUAAAGCUCCUAAUUUUUUAAAGAAAAAUAUACAGUCUGCAUAUAAAAAAGUUCAGCUUUGGAUAAUUUAUGACACAAAUGGCCAUAAGUGAACUCUGAAUUUUGUAGUCUGACUCUCAUUUUUCCAGUGCUAACUAUUGAAGCUUCUGGUUGUCACUCACACUUAAGUUGAUCUCUCAGUGUGCAGUGCAAGUGGAGGCCCUGUCACACCCACAAGCCCUGUGGAAGCCUUGUGGUCUUCAUUGCAAUCUAAAGAUGAAGCUGGCUCCCGGGCAAGGCCACACUCCUUGCCCUCCAGCAGGUCCCUCCCCUCUGCCACUUCCCACCUUCGAAAUGUCUUGCUCCGUAGCUGGGAAGACGCUGCUCUGACACAGGCUAUGUUCUGUAAAGGUCUGAGGUGCCCCCGGGUCACCAAACAUUGAGCUUGGCUGCUGCCUGGCUGCUGCACAGAAGACCGGGUCACUGUGACCUGCAAGCAUCUUCCACCUCAUUCCAUCCUGUCCCUGCGUCAGUUGUAGUUCCCUUCAAAAUGAUCUAUGGAGAGUGGGGACGCCUCUCUUUCAGUGGACAAUAUCGGUGUCACUCCUAGUUCAAGUAACUCCAGAGCACAGAGUGUGCGCACAAUAUGGAUUAUUUGAGAUUAGUAAAUGUAUGUCUGAUUGUCACAGUAACUGGAAGUACAAAUUUAGUCUUUCAUAUAUGUGUUGAUAAAGCUGAUAAGUAUGUGCAGCAUUGUCUCCUCUUGGCACACUACUAUUAUAUCUAACAUAAUUGAAAUAAAUUCCAGAGUGGAAGUACAGAAUGAUUUGUUAAAUACUUAAUAAAUACAGUACACAAAACCAAUAAUCUUCCUUCUCUGCAAGUUGUUAUUUAGUUGAAAUUUUCCUCUAAGUAUCUUUACUUAAGCAUUUUUAUUAACUCUGUAAUUGUUUAUAUUUCUAAUUUUAAUAUUCAAAAUAAAUAAUUGAGUUCUCUGUUU